AUGUCGGCUUCGUUGGCCCCUGAAUGUAAUGAGGUCAAAGAACGUUACGAUACUUGCUUCCUCAAAUGGUACUCGGAAAAAUACUUGCGGGGCAACUCUUCAACAGAUGAGUGUGAAGGGUUGUUCAAGACGUACAAGACGUGUUUGAAUAAAGUCCUGAAGGACAAAGGCAUCGAUGUUAUGAUCAACGAGGCCAGAGUCGAUACACCUGAGACCGACGCCGAGCAUCUCAAGCGAUAG